AUGGCAGAAUUAGAUACAUCAGCCCCUGCUGAUAGUGAACUAAUUCUAGUCAAAGAUCGUUACAAAGUAAUAAAAGUACUUGGUCGUGGCAGUUACGGUGAAGUAUGGCUUGUGUCACCACUUGAAUCGAGUACUGGGAGUAAAAGUAAACCACGCCGUUGUGUACUGAAACGCAUCAGCAUUGGACGUUCAAAUAAUGAAAAAAACGAACUUGCUGGUGCCGAACGUGAAGCUCAAUUACUAUCAUCUCUCAGACAUCCGAAUAUAGUUUCAUAUAUUGAAUCCUUUCGCUCGCGUGAUCAUCAUUUAAAUAUAGUUAUGGCAUUUUGUGAAGGCGGAGAUUUAUAUACAAAAAUAAAAUAUCGUAAAAAACAAUUACUAAAUGAAGAACAAAUCAUUGAAUGGUUUAUACAAAUAACACUUGCAUUACAAUAUAUGCAUGGUCGAUCAAUAUUACAUCGUGAUUUGAAGACACAAAAUAUUUUUCUAACUAAACAUGAAAUAGUUAAAGUGGGCGAUUUAGGUAUUGCAAAAAUACUAGAUAACAAUGGAUCAGAUUUAGCUACAACUGUUAUCGGAACACCAUACUAUAUGAGUCCAGAGAUAUUUUCAAAUCAACCAUAUGGUCAAAAAUCAGAUAUUUGGGCACUUGGUUGUUGUGUUUAUGAAAUGGCAACAUUAGAACAUGCGUUUAAAGCUGGUGAUAUUAGUUCACUUGUACUCAAAGUUGUUCGUGGUCAGACACCAUCUUUACCAUCAGCUGAUGUUUAUAGUAAACCAUUAAUUGAAUUAAUCAAUGCUAUGUUAGAUAAAGAUGCAGAAAAUCGACCAACAGCUAAGCAAAUUCUACAACAUCCAUAUAUAAAGCAGCAUAUUGCUCAUUUAUAUGACAAAACACGUGAACGCUGUCAAUCAUUUAUACCAGCGCUGCCUACUGAACCACCGUUAGAAUGUGCACCAUCUAACCAUUCCGAUCAUCAUUCGAUGCCUCCAAUACCGAAACCGCGUGCUUCGAAUCUUACAAACACCGAUGAAAGUGGUAGCGAAAGACAAGAUUUAUCUACUCCACCGAUUAGUCAAUCACGUGCUCGUCGUAUGAAAAAUAAAACUACAUCUUCCGACAACGAAACAUCCGAAUCUCAAGCAUCAAGUGCAACUACUGCCCGUGAAGACGAAGAGAAAGAAGCAAGAAUAGUUAAUAAUGCUUUUAUAGAGAAAAUACGUCAAAACGAUACAUUAGCACGUUUUAAACGAAAUCCGCCAUCAUUAGUUUCUGAAGGUCAAUCUGAUGAUAACAGUAUGCUUCGUGCAAAUCUUACUGCUCGUCAACGACGACGUGAACAACGUCUUCAUUCAUCGAUAAAUACACAAGAAGACGAUAAUAAACCACCAACGACUCCACCUGCCUACGAUCGUUCUAUAUCAAAUGAUAGUCAAAUUGAUUUUGUUGAACAAGAACGUAAAGCAAAGAAAGAUAUGAAUGAUUUUUUAAAUCAACUUGAUGCUACAUUACGUUUACCAGCAGCAUCAGUAUCAGCAUCAGUUGAAGUUCCAUCGAUGUUCGAUCGUACAAUGGUUUCAACUGCGAAAUUAGAAGAACGACGUGUUGCAUUAAGAGAAAAUUGUCUACAAGAACUGUCACCAGAAGUCUUAAAAAGAGUUCUUGACAUAUUGGAUCUUGUUAGUGAAACAGAACUAAAAUCACAAAUGCUUGCUAUUUUAGGAAAAGAGCUCUAUGACAAAUAUUGUGCGCAACUUUAUUCUUUGAAAUAUUAUGAAAAUUCUAUAUGUACUCGACAAUAA